GUGCCGAGGCCUUUGCCAUCAGCCCGUCCACGCUUUCUAGGUUGGCGAAGCUCUUACAGAGAGCAGCAAAGAGAGCUGAGCUUCUCCUCCCUUCCGCGACGGGCGGUGCGGGUAGCAGCGAGCUAGCGUCACGCCUGGCUUUCCUUCAAGAAGAUUCCACGUUUUGGAACCUGACCUUCUGCACGCUUUGCCGCUACGAUGCUCUGUUUGGGCCGGGGCACAAGGAGGGUGGUGGGCUCCACGCAGCGGUUCCAAUGGAGGUGUUCGAAGCUUUGGAGUGCGCGUCCCCGCGACUUGAGUGCUUUGCAUCGCCUCUGCUUUGCCGUGGCAGUUGGCACUUCUGCUCCAUUUUUGGGGACCUGGAUGUCUUCUUCGGCUCGCUGGGGCCCUUCCUGCAAGAAGACCUUGACAUCGGAGCUCUGGGUGGCGUCUACGAGGUGAAUCCGCCCUUCAUUCGGGGCUUGGUACUGCAACUGGCCCGAAAAUUGUUGGCAGCAUUGGAAAGUGCCGUGCGGCACAAGAAGGACCUGCAGGUGCUCCUCGUGUUACCCGGCCUGGAGCAGCGCGAGGAAGGGAGACAUGCCUUGGACGACCUGCUUGAGAGCCCCUUCAAAGUUGCACUGUCCGAGCGAAGGCAGCGAGCCUUCCGUAACGGACUUACCUUCAAGACUGACCAUCCGUGGCCAGUCUUCGCAACGUCCACCACCGUGGCACUGUUUGCCUCAGAGCCGGAUGCUUCUGAACGGCUUUCAGAGAAGUUCGACA